AUGGAAGCUAUCAGUGCAUCUGACGAGAAGCCUACUAUGGAAUCGUUAAAGGAGGCUUUAGAACUUGAGUCCGACACCCGGUUCGAAUACGAUCCAUGGCUUCUCGACGAUCAUCCCCUACGAUCACAUCCGACAGAGUGCAUUCCAGGCUUGUCGCUCUAUCUCCAUGAAUACUACGAAUCCAUCGGGAAGCGAAGAGCGACUCUCUUCCGCGCCGGAUGCCUUAUUCUCGGAUGCAUAGCCGCAUUCCAAUGCCUACGAUUGCUCCCAAUCAAUAUCAAAGGGAUACUCUUGCCUCAUGCAUCCACGCCACGUGCCCACAUUUACCCCCAGAGUGCCAAGUGUACGUUCCCUACACUAGAUACGCUAUCACAUUCCCUCAGGUCGUCUCUCAACGAGGGAUGCGAAGGCCUUCGAACGGCGGUCUGGAUGCACAACGGGGAGCUGCAGAUUGGAAACGCAGUUGUGGAGACCGAGCCCCAGGCCGAGGACAUCCUGCAGCGACUCGGUCUCGACCCUCUUUUGGCGAAACUGGACGCUGAGAAUGAUGCUACCGCCCGGGCAUCUCUUAACCCCGAAACGCCAGGCAGCUUUCACGACCAUCUGGCUCGGUCUUUCCUUUUAGUGCUUGAUGCCAAGACGCCGCUUCACGGGCUGUACCCGCAUCUCAUUGAACAUCUUGAUACUCUCCGGCAGAGGGGGUACCUGUCUCAUUGGGAUGGGCAGAAUGUUGUCCAGCGCCCUGUGACUGUGGUGGUUACUGGGGAGACUUUCCCGGAGUGA